CCGGCCCCCAGCCAGUGGUCCGAGUCCACUGCCGCCAAGUAUGGACGGCUGGACUCAGAGGACGGCGACGGUGCCUGGUGCCCUGAGAUCCCGGUGGAGCCCGACGACCUCAAGGAGUUCCUGCAGAUUGACCUGCGCGCCCUGCACUUCAUCACCCUGGUGGGCACCCAGGGGCGCCAUGCGGGGGGCCACGGGAACGAGUUCGCCCCCAUGUAUAAAAUCAACUACAGCCGGGAUGGCACUCGGUGGAUCUCCUGGAGGAACCGGCAUGGGAAGCAGGUCCUGGAUGGAAACACCAACCCAUACGACAUCGUCCUCAAGGACCUGGAGCCGCCCCUCAUCGCGCGCUUCGUCCGCUUUAUCCCCGUCACCGACCACUCCAUGAACGUGUGCCUGCGCGUGGAGCUGUACGGCUGUGUGUGGCUGGACGGGCUGGUGUCCUACAACGCGCCGGCCGGCCAGCAGCUCGUCCUUCCUGGCGGCACCGUCAUCUACCUGAACGACUCUGUGUACGAUGGGGCGUUUGGGUACAGCAUGACAGAGGGACUUGGCCAGCUGACGGAUGGGGUGUCAGGCCUGGACGACUUCACGCAGACCCACGAGUACCACGUGUGGCCAGGCUACGACUACGUCGGUUGGCGCAAUGAGAGCACUGCCGGUGGCUACAUCGAGAUCACCUUUGAGUUCGACCGGAUCAGGAACUUCACCACCAUGAAGGUGCACUGCAACAACAUGUUCGCCAAGGGGGUGAAGAUCUUCAAAGAGGUGCAGUGCUACUUCCGCUCCGAUACCAGCGAGUGGGAGCCCAAUGCCAUCUCCUCGGUGCUGGUGUUGGAUGAUGUGAACCCCAGUGCCCGGUUCGUCACUGUUCCCCUGCUCCACCGCAUGGCCAGUGCCAUCAAGUGUCAGUACUACUUUGCCGACACCUGGAUGAUGUUCAGUGAGAUCACCUUCCAGUCAGAUGCAGCCAUGUACAACAACUCGGUGGCCCCCCCGGAGGUGCCCGUGGCUCCUACCACGUACGAUCCCACACUCAAGGUAGAUGACAGCAACACGCGCAUCCUGAUCGGGUGCCUGGUGGCGAUCAUCUUCAUCCUGGUGGCCAUCAUCGUCAUCAUACUGUGGCGGCAGUUCUGGCAGAAGAUGCUGGAGAAGGCCUCUCGGAGGAUGCUGGAUGAUGAAAUGACCGUCAGCCUCUCCCUGCCCAGUGAGUCCAGUAUGUUCAACCACAACCGCUCCUCCUCGUCCAGUGAGCAGGAGUCCAACUCUACCUAUGACCGCAUAUUCCCCCUGGGCCCGGACUACCAGGAGCCCUCACGCCUGAUACGCAAACUGCCCGAGUUCACGCCAGGGGAUGAAGACACGGGCUGCAGCGGCCCUGUGAAGCCGGCCCAGGCCAGCGUCCCCGAGGGCGUCCCCCACUAUGCCGAGGCCGACAUUGUGAACCUGCAGGGCGUUACGGGCGGCAAUACCUACUCAGUGCCAGCCCUCACCAUGGACCUGCUCUCUGGCAAGGACGUGGCUGUCGAGGAGUUCCCUAGGAAGCUGCUGACCUUCAAGGAGAAGCUGGGAGAGGGCCAGUUUGGGGAGGUUCAUCUCUGCGAGGUGGAAGGGAUGGAGAAGUUUGCGGACAAGGGCUUUGCCCUGGAUGGCUUAGACGCCAGUUCCAACCAACCUGUGCUGGUAGCUGUGAAAAUGCUGCGAGCAGAUGCCAACAAGAAUGCCAGGAAUGAUUUUCUGAAGGAAAUCAAGAUCAUGUCGCGGCUCAAGGACCCCAACAUCAUCCGGCUGCUGGCGGUGUGCAUUGCUGACGACCCACUGUGCAUGAUCACUGAAUACAUGGAGAACGGAGACCUCAACCAGUUCCUGUCCCGCCAUGAGCCGCAGAGCCCCCCGGCCAGCAACAUGCCCACCAUCAGCUACAACGACCUGCGGUUCAUGGCUACUCAGAUCGCUUCUGGCAUGAAGUACCUGUCCUCCCUGAAUUUUGUGCACCGAGACCUGGCCACGCGCAACUGCCUGGUGGGGAAGCAGUACACCAUCAAGAUAGCUGACUUCGGCAUGAGCAGGAAUCUGUACAGCGGGGACUACUACCGCAUCCAGGGGCGAGCAGUGCUCCCCAUCCGCUGGAUGUCAUGGGAGAGCAUCCUACUGGGCAAGUUCACCACGGCCAGCGAUGUGUGGGCUUUCGGCGUGACGCUGUGGGAGACCUUCACGCUGUGCCGGGAGCAGCCCUACUCCCAGCUGUCGGACGAGCAGGUCAUCGAAAACACCGGCGAGUUCUUCCGGGACCAGGGCCGGCAGACUUACCUUCCCCAGCCUGCACUUUGCCCUGACUCUGUCUAUAAACUAAUGCUCAGCUGCUGGAGACGAGACACUAAAGAUCGUCCCUCCUUCCAGGAGAUCCAUCGCCUUCUCCAGGAAUCAGCCAGUGAAGAAUGAUCCAUUGCUCCCCCCACCUAGCCUGGUCCCCAUCCCGUCCCCAGAAGAACCCUAUACAAAAACUGAAGCCACUUCACUUGGACUUAGUAAUAAAACCCAGGCAGCUGGUCUUGUUCUCAUUGUACAGUAACAGCCUAAGACGAAAACCCCAAAAGCAGCAAGAAGAACCCGAGUGUAGGACAGCUUGGACU